GCCGCCGUCAUCACAAGCUUAAUAUGGGCACCACGGGGUCCGUGGAGCAGCGCAAUGCCAUCAAGGACGUCGUCAUGAUCAGCGACAGCAAGAAGCGCAGCAAGGACGACAUCAUGCGCGUGCUGCAGACGUUCUGCAAUGUGUUUCCGUUGGAAACAGCAGACGGCCGACGACGACGCACCGACAGCUCCGAGGAGCACGCUGCUGCAGCAUCAAUGGACGUGAAGGAGAAACGUCUGUUUGAUUCCGUGCAUCGACUGCUAAAGACCGCCGUGGACACCACGGCCACGUCGAGCACCGCCGACGAGUCGGACGUCGUCCUCAUGAUCCUGGACACGUUCAAACGGCUCUUGCAAUGGCGCGAGCUCCACAAACUCGUCCCCAAGUACUCGAUCAAGCCAUUUCUCACGUGCAUGAUGUGGUCGCCACAAUUGGCCUCGUCCGUGCUCCAAGUGUUUCUCAUGAUGAAGACCCGUCCGACCGGCUUGAAGUCCGCCGAAGUCGGCGACAAGAUGGAGAUGCUCAACAAGCGCACGUUUGCCGACGACCUCGGCUUCCAGGUCCUCGGGUCUCUUCUGGCGCAGCACCACCCGUCGUCCGUGCUGCUGCCGUCGUCGACGGCCGAGCCGAUCCUCCAAGCGUCCCUCCGCAUCUUUCAUUGGACGUAUGUCGGCAACAAGCACACGUCGGACGCGGUGACGCUGGAUCGGGUGACCGACGCGCUGCUCAACGCGCGACUCACGCUUCUGCAUUUGGCCCACCACCGUCCAUCCCCCUCCUCCUCCAUUUACCCGCCGCCGUCCUCUCCCAGUCUGCGCCACAUCGCCGCGGACCUCCUCCUCGAGCUGUUCUCCGUAGCAGAUGUCGCCCAGGUCACCGUGCUCCAGGACACGGCGCGGGAUUGCGGCGCCCUGCUGUACAUGCUGUCCCAUGCUCUCGACACGGACAUACAUCGUUCCGAGCACAGCGACAAUGUGGCGACUCUAGAUGAAUAUAACGAUGAUGACGUGGCAAGCUUCCGGGAUAAGGCGGUGGCGCUGGUCGAGAUGUUCUGCGCCGGCAACAGCCGCACCAAAGCCGCCAUGUACCGGAUGCUUCCCGUGGAUUUGUUCGUGCCGAUGGAGGACCGACCCGACUUGGUCUCCAAGUACUCGAUGGCGGCAAUCCGGAAAAGCACCAAGUCGGCGUCGGGCUCGGCGUCGAGUUUGCUGCUGGGGCCGUUUCGAUCCGAGCCGCGGUUCAGCGCGCAGUCGGCGGCGGGUACGUCGACCACCAAUACCACCGCGGCGGCGGCGUCCUCGUCGUCUUCCCUGCUCUCGUCCGCCGUCGGAGGGCUAUACACGUCAACAGCGACAUCCGUCUCGCACGUCGAGUUUCAGAAAUGGCUACACGAUGCCAGGAGCCAAGGGGAGGCGUGGCAGCAGGUGCUGGCAGCAGCCAGGAACGAACACAUUGGACCGAAUCUGAUCUGGCGGCGCGCCAUGCUGACCGAGCUGCAGGUCGCGCUGCGUCGUGAGAUCGCCGCCCUUGAAGCCAAAGCCUCCUCGAUGUCGUCAUCACCGCCGCCGACGCCGACAACCGACGCGGCCGGCCGCCGCCGCGGGUCCGUCCACUUGUGGGAUGCGGACCAGUUUACAGUCGGGUACUCGUCGUUCGAGCGCGAGUUGGUCGUGCACGGGUACUUUGUGGAGCCGCUUCUGCCCAAGUUGAGCGAUCUGAACGAUCCGUUUGAAGUGUCAGAUCCAGUGCUGCUGGCGUGGCAUGUGCUGGAUCGGGUAGGUGUCGAGACGGACGCGACGUGGCGGCUGCGGUGCGUCCGGUGCGUCCGGCUGCUGCUUCGGCGGUAUGCGAUGACGUUCAACGGCCAGCUGCCGGUGCAGUCGCUGCUGCAGCACCUCCGCGACGUCGUCGCAUCCGACCCGCCCGACGGAUCAUUGGCAGCGUUUGCCACCGAGUGCUUCUUGCUCUUCCACGUAGCCAUCUCAACGUCGCGGGUCCGGACCGCCGACAGCCUCGUCCCCACCUACCCGUCCGUCAUCUCGGCCGUCGUGGCGGCCUUGUCGUUGCCUCCAACGAGUCAGGCUGUGGAGACUGAUGGAGAAGCGUAUAAUAGAGGGGAAGCCCCGACCAAUCCCCAUCGGUUGACGUUUGAGGCGCUGCACGACGACAUGACGGAAGACGACGAACAUGUCGAGGAUGCCAUGGUCCGGGCUGGCGUAAAUGUGCUAGCGGUGAUCGUCCAGCGUGCGAGGUCGUACAUUCCGCAGGUGGUCGCGGCGCGGGGUACGUUGGUGCAGCUGUUUUACACGGCACUUCGGCCGUCCACCCUCGCGGCGUUGCUGGCACUCGUCGAGCAGCUCUUGCCCCACUGGAGCAACUCGGACUCGUUUGAGCACCAAGUGCUUCCGGCGAUCCUCGUCGCAUGUAGCAACCCGAUAAACGCCGGACGGAUGCCCCAUGCCGCCGCCGCGUUGCUCUGCAACUAUGCGACCCCGACCGCGUUUCAAGCCGCUCUGCGCGCCGCGGUUGGCCACGAUGGCUGCGGUCUGCAUCUGGUGCUCUCGGAUCCGGUGGUACUCGCGGCCAUCUUCAACGCCGACUCGGUCCAAGCCGCCGACGUCCUGUGGGGCGCCACGCUUCGCCAACGUCUCUUUACUAGCCUCGCGUCGGCCACAAGAGGUCGCCGCCGGUUGUCGACCACAAGAGGUCGUAACGACAGCGGCGGCGAGUACUUUGACGCCCACCAACACGAUCCAUUGCUACAAGGAGGCGACUUGGACAUUUGCGUCGGCCAUCUGUUUCUAAAGGCGUUCGUCGAGCACGAAGGCUCGUUCCGCACGACGUGGACCCAGACCAUGUACGACACGACCAUCCACGCGCUGGCCGCGCGGCUCUCGACCACGUCUCGCGCGUCGUUUGUCAGCCACGACGUUGAUGAUGAUCCCAUGGCCGUGCAGGUUCUAGUGCUACGGGCACUCUACCAUUUGAUUCGUCGCGCUGGCCACCAUGUUGUGAUCGACCCAAGUGUGCUCAACGUGGUAUUGAGUCCGCUCAAGCGAUCCCUCCUUGGCGAAGUCGACCAGGCGCGAGGCGGCGCCGGCUUGCGCCUUCUCACCCUCCUCCUCACCCCCCCCAACGUGAACGCGUCCACGUGUCUAGACGUGGUGAUAUCGUCAUUCAAAUUGGUCCACGAAGCCAUCGACAAGACGCUGCAGCCGCGGUACCUCCAGUUCAUCCGGGACCAGCAAGGCAUGAUUUGCGAUCCGGACGGAGUCGCUCUCGCGCUCGUGACAGCGCUCUUGGCGCUGCUCGAGGCGGUGGCGGCCGCCGACGAUGCCUAUCACCGGCACCCGUCGCUUCUGCCCAAACUGUUAGGGUACGUGUCGGUAGGGUCGGCUUGUCCCCAGGUGGCAAGUGCCGCGGUGGCCUGUGUGACUCGGCUGUGCGACCAGUCGUCGUUGCUGCCGUCGUUGCUGCCGUCGUUGCUGCCGUCGUUGCUCCUGGUGGAAGGCGGGGGCGUCGUGUUUCUCAGCCACUUGGUUGCAACCACAUCGACAGACAACGCCGCCAUGGCGGUGGCGGCCGCCGCGCUUCUCCACGCCCACGAGCCACUACUGCACACCGUGCUCGUCCAGCUCUUCACCCCCGGGCUAUUGCAGGUGCUCGCGGUUGACGGCCCAGCUGCGUUUGUCCAUACAUUGCACAGCACCGACGACAUUUACUCGGCGCGCAUGAUCUGGACCCUCAGCAUGCAAGCAACGCUCAAAGAAACACUGCAUCGGGAACUGGUCAACGUGACGGCCGCCGCCAAGGACGUGAACCGGUGGCCAGUGUGGGACCCCGACCACUUCGUCGCCGCCGACUCGUUCCGGUACCUGUACACAGACGUGGCGGACGAGGUCGAGGUCGGAGGCGUCUUCGUCCGCCUCUUCGUCCAGCAAGACAAGGCGACCCUCCCCCCCCCCGACGAACUCCGCGCCCUCGCCAUCGCGUUGGUGGAUGCCCAUGCCAGCACCUCCCGCGCCCUCGACGCCCUUCGGCAGAGAGGAGGGGGGGGUGAUACGUUGAUCAAGACGUACGAGGUACGGCUCGACCUGCUGAGUGGGGCCAUCCGCAAGGUGGGUGUCGCGUGCCCCGAGCUCGAUCUGGUCGUGGACGACGGCUUUAGCGACACGGAGAGCGUCGGCGACGACAUGGCCAACCUCGUCGACAUGAGUCCGACCGCCGCCGUCACUUGCCAUGAUGACCCCCCCCCCGAACAUGAACAAGACGACGAGCAUCAUCUGACCUAUUUCGACAAGCAAGACUCGAUGCUGCUCGACGAGAUCGUCGUCUAGGAAUAUAUAUAUAUAGAGUAGUUGCUCGUGUAUAACUCAAAACACACUUCACUAUAGUUAUGCGCCGCUGGUUACAUUAGCACACACGUACUCCCGCCGCCGCCGUCUGCUUCUUCGCGGGUACUCGCCAUCACGUGCGCGUACUCGGCGUCCGUAAACAGAUGCGGCUCAGCCACGCGGUACACUUCUCCGUCCUCGUACUGCACCGUGUACUGGGCGUCGUCACCAAACGCCACCACCCGACACCGCUCAAACGAGUACUCGUCCGACCUCGUGUACAAUACAUCUCCCACCUAUUUACUCCAUAUAUACAUUCAUAUCAUAUAUAUAUAUAUAUAUAUAGUUGAUAUAUAUUGUCGAUUUGAUACAA